GCCAGAUUACAGCUAAGAAAAUCCCGCCGCUCACAGCGACCAAAUUUAAAUCCCCUCCCUACAUGGGGACAAUUAAAGAAAUUGACCAUAGAAGGGCAACGGCUUGUCCUUCAAGCAGGAAAGCCUUUAAACCCCGAAAACUUGUUUUUAGCUUUAUGUGCCUUGCUCACCGUUGCAUCGGGGACUGAGUCUUCCAGAUCCAAAGAAAAUAACUGACGGAGCUCCUAUAUUUCAACAAAAGACGGCUCUCUUGUGGUGGGGAGAUGGUGGAAUCGCUAACCCUGCUGUUGCAGCCGAAGAAUACCCUCAUCACCUUCAAAAUCAUAUUUGGAAGAUCCCAGCCGCUAUGCAACCUGUAACCUUGUACAAUGUUUCAUAUUCAGGGACUAGUCGAUCUGUAUCUACUACUUAUAAUUUUACUAGGUUUAAAAUGUAUAAUAUUACUGUUUGUGCACCUCUGCCUUAUGUCUUUUUAGUGGGAACUUUUAAUUUUACACAUUUUUCUUGUACUUGUUUAAAUUGUCAAUUGUUUACAUGCUUAAAUAGCACACUAAAUUUCACUAAGCCUUAUACAGUUAUGCUGUUACAACAAAAAACUCAUAUUUGGUUGCCUGUAAAUUUAACUCGACCUUGGUCUCAAGACCCGGUAAUUUCUGUUACUACUGAAUUUUUUAAACAUCUGUUAAAACGUACAAAAAGAUUUAUUGGAAUAGUGGUUGCUGUACUGUUAAGUCUGAUAACUGUAGCCUCUCUAGCAGCAGUCUCAGGAGUAGCUUUACAUACCUCUUUGCAAGAAAAACAUGUUGUCGAAUUAUGGCAUGAGAAUUCUCAUGAACUUUGGUUAACUCAGUGGCAAAUAAACGCCAAACUACAACAACAAAUAGACCUCCUUAAACAAACAGUUGAAUGGAUGGGUAGAAAAAUAUUGGCUCUUCAGCAUCAAGUGUUUUUAAAAUGUGAUUGGAAUUCAACUACUUUCUGUAUAACCCAACGACCUUAUAAUCAGACAGAACAUGAAUGGGAAAUGAUUAGAAUGUAUUUAAAUGGAAACACCUCUGCCCAGGAGGAAAUAGAAUCUUUGCAUAAUCAAAUUGACAAGGAUUUUGCAAAGCAAAAUGAUGAUGAAUCUCUAGCACAAUUCGCGCAAUUGCUUGCUCAAUCUUUGAAAGGAUUAGAUUCCAAAGGAAUCUGGCAGAGCAUUACCCACACUUUUAGUGGCAUGGGACUUAGUUUAAUUAUAGUUCUCAUUGCCAUAGUUCUUGUGUAUUUUUACUGCAUAAGACGAAAUACUAUUAAUAACCUGAUCUUAUGGAAAUUGUUGUUAAAAAAUAAAAAGGAAGGAAGUGUGGGGGAUGAGGUGUCACUUUGUAGGCCCAACCCCCUCUAACCUGCAAUUUACAAUAGCCGCCCUGGUAUGCGAGAAGGAGGUAGAACGGGAAUGCCUGUUCUCAGUGAGCCCUCACCCUCUGGAAUCCAUACUGUGAGCUGGCUUUGUUUUGCAGAAGUCUUGAGGAAGUGGCUGGCCACCCUUUGUGACACUAACAGCAGACAAAUUAACAACAUUCUUGAGCUAAUGAAUUUCUUCCUGGGCUAGAGAAGUUGUGAGAACUGGUUGUGAUUAUUUACUUCACUUAGAUAGUUUUAGAAUAAACAUUGUAGUCUGUCACGUUGUAGCUUGCCACAAAGAAUGCCUUUUCACUACUUAAUUAUCUGGGCUCUGUGAAUUGAUCGGGUUUACUAUAUAUGAAUCCUAAAAUAAAGAUUGUGCGUACAGUGCAGUGCAGUGCAGUGUAACGCGGUGCAGACAGCAAA